AUGGCUUUUCAAAAAACUUCUUCAAGAAAUUGUCUUUCUCAAAUUCUGAUUUGGUUCGUAAUAGGGCUCAACGUAGCUGAUCAGAGCUCUCUACCACUGAAAUAUGAAGCUCCUGAUGAUUGCCAGUGGUGGUUAAGAGGACCCAACGAUGCUCAUGAAGUUUCCCUAACUUGUAAACUUCGCACCAUUAAUAGCGAGUUCGAUACAACGAACUUUAGUGUCAUCCCGUCAGAACACACAACAUCCCUAAGGAUAGAGUGCAAUGAAGAAAUGAUGUAUAAAAGCUCCCUAGACGAUCGAAGUUUCGCGCAUUUGGUGAAGCUACGUGAACUUGUUUUAGAUAACUGUAAAAUUGGAAGAUGGCCGCCUGGCGUACUCUCUGGCUUAAGAGAUCUUCGAAAUUUAACGAUUCGAACAAAAAAUACAGAGUGGGCUGCUAUGAGUUUAGAGAUAGCAUCAGAAAGCUUUACGGCGGUUCGUCAGUUGGAGAAGUUAGACCUCAGUUUUAAUAACAUUUGGUCAUUUCCCGAAAACUUGUUUUGCCCGUUAACUAACUUAGUGUACUUAAAUGUGUCGUCAAAUCGUCUUCAAGAUGUGAGUGAUUUAGGGUUUAGAGAGAGAGCUAUACAUCAAGCUCUUAUAAAUGAACAAGAUGGGCCACCACCCUCCUUACCAUCUAUGUCACACACAACUUGUUCAUUAGAUAUUGAAGUUCUUGACGCCUCUAGUAACCACUUCGUGUUAAUGCCAGAAAACGGAUUUAUGGCGCUUCGCAGACUAAAGGAGCUCCAUAUACAUGACAACGAACUAUCGAUGGUUGCUGAUAAGGCAUUAUCUGGACUUAAACAGCUUCAAAUAAUUGAUCUUUCUAAUAACAAAAUUGUGGCUCUGCCUCAAGAUUUGUUUAAAGAUUGUAGACCAGUCAUCAAAGAAAUCUAUUUACAAAACAAUUCUAUAAGUGUGCUUUCACCAAGCCUUUUUGCUAAUUUAGAUCAACUUUUGGCAUUGGAUUUAUCAAACAAUCAUUUAACAAGUACAUGGAUUAAUGAUAAUACAUUUACGGGUCUUAUAAGAAUGGUAUUGUUAAACUUAUCAAACAACAGAUUAACCAAGCUGGAGUCAAAAAUUUUUAAAGAUCUAUACACUUUACAAAUUUUGAAUGUUCAACGUAACAUGUUGGAAAGUAUAGCUGCUGAUACAUUUUCACCAAUGAAUAAUUUACAUACUCUGAUUCUAUCUUACAAUAAGAUAUCUCAUAUCGAUGCCUAUGCUCUCAAUGGACUCUAUGUAUUAUCUUUACUAUCUAUAGAUAAUAAUCAUCUAGAAGAACUUCAUCCUGAAGCAUUUAGAAAUACAUCUUCCUUGCAAGAUUUGAAUUUAAAUGGCAAUCGUUUAAAAAAAGUACCCAUAGCACUUCAAAAUAUGCGAUUACUAAGGACUCUUGAUCUUGGAGAAAAUCAGAUAACGUCAUUGGAGGAACCCGGCUUCGUGGGUUUACAUAACGUAUAUGGCCUUCGCCUUAUCGGAAAUAAAAUUGAAAACAUUAGUAAAGACGUGUUUUCAGAUUUACCGUCUCUGCAAAUUUUAAAUCUUGCCCGCAAUAAAUUAAAACACAUUAACAUGAACGCUUUUGAAAGAUUAUCGAACCUGCAAGCAAUAAGAUUGGAUGCUAAUCGACUCACUGAAAUUCAAGGCUUGUUUGUAAAUAUUCCAUCUCUCUUGUGGUUGAAUGUUUCAGAUAACCAAAUAGAAUGGUUUGACUAUACCGUUAUACCAUCGGGACUUCAAUGGUUAGAUCUUCACAGUAACAAUAUAAAAGAAUUGGGAAACAACUACCGUUUGGAUAAAGAACUACGAUUGCAAACAUUAGAUGCAAGUUUCAACAAAAUGACUAAAAUAUCAGCAUACUCAAUUCCCAGCAGUGUGGAAUUGCUGUUCCUGAAUGAUAAUCAAAUCACACAAGUAGAAGCUCAAACUUUUGUUGGAAAAACCAAUUUAACGAGAGUCGAUUUGUAUGCAAAUCAGAUAACUAGUAUGGAUCUCAAUGCGCUUCGUCUAACUCCAGUCGACCCAGGGCGGCCGCUACCCGAAUUUUAUAUUGGCGGAAACCCGUUUCAAUGCGACUGUACUAUGGAAUGGCUCCAACGUAUCAACAAACUAGACCAUCUAAGGCAACACCCUCGUGUUAUGGAUUUAGAAAGCAUAUAUUGUAAAUUAUUAUACAAUCGUGAAAGGACUUAUAUUCCGCUUAUCGAAGCAGAAUCAUCUCAGUUUUUGUGUACAUAUAAAACGCACUGUUUUACGUUGUGUCAUUGUUGUGAUUUUGACGCUUGUGAUUGUGAAAUGACGUGCCCAUCAAACUGUACGUGUUAUCACGACCAACCGUGGUCGGCCAAUAUAGUGGACUGUUCGGCUGCUGGGUAUGCGGAAAUACCAAACAGCAUACCUAUGGACGCUACUGAACUAUAUUUAGACGGUAAUAAUUUUGGUGGUUUAACGAGUCAUUCUUUUAUUGGACGUAAGAAUUUAAAAAUAUUGUACGCUAAUAAUUCUAACAUUGACGCUCUGUAUAAUAAUACAUUUAGUGGACUAAAACGCUUAACAACUUUGCAUUUAGAAAAAAAUAACAUAAAAGAGUUACUAGGUUUUGAACUAUCGCCCCUGGACAAUUUACGCGAGUUGCAUUUACAAGACAAUAAAAUACAUUACAUCGAUAACCGAACCUUCCUGGAGUUGAGGCAUUUAGAAGUGCUACGCUUGGAAGGAAAUAACAUUUACGGCUUCGCGGUGUGGCAAUUCACGAUGAAUCCAUAUUUGGUAGAGAUAAGUCUUUCACGGAACCUUUGGUCGUGCGACUGUCAGUAUAUGCAUAAAUUCCGAAAUUGGUUUAAAAACAACCUAGGAAAAGUUGAAGAUGCGAAUAAGAUUACGUGCGUGUUCAACAAUAAAACGAAUACCGUAGGACCGCUAAUGGCAGACUUUAACUCUACGAUAUGCACAAACCAUGUAGGUGGAAGCUCAUCUAUUAUAGAAAACCAAGUAAUUAAUGACUAUCUUCCCCUACUACUUAUAUCUCUAUGCGUAUUUAUUACUAGUUCUGCAUUAAUAUGCGGUAUAUUUUAUUGGCGACGUGAGCUUCGAGUCUGGAUUUACUACCAUUGUGGCUUUAGAAUGUGCUAUAAAAGUACUUCUUUCGACGACGAGGCCGACAAAGAUCGACUCUUCGACGCUUACAUAAGUUAUAGCGUCAAAGAUGAGGCGUUCGUUGCUCAAAUGUUAGCGCCCGGCCUGGAAUCUACCGACCCAAGUUUCCGGCUUUGCCUCCAUUACCGAGAUUUUAACGCUUCGGCAUACGUAGCGGAUACGAUAAUAGAGGCCGUAGAGUCGUCCAAACGGACAAUUAUAGUCCUAUCUAAAAAUUUUAUCAACAAUGAAUGGUGUCGAUUUGAAUUUAAGACGGCACUACACGAGGUACUAAAAGAGAGACGAAGAAGACUGAUAAUAAUAGUGCUAGGUGAACUACCGAAUAGAGACAUUGAUCCGGAGCUCAGGCUGUGUUUGAAGGCGAACACGUGUAUAGAAUGGGGCGAUAGACAGUUUUGGCAAAAAUUGAGGUUUGCGAUGCCGGACUUAAGGAAGUGUCAGUAUCACCGGUCGACAGUGAAUAUUUACGCUUCAGUGUCUCCAAUGGGGGCCGGGCGGGCGCCGGCGCCGCCCCCUCCGCCACCGCCGGGCAAGCUCCCUCCACUGCUCGGUGACGGGCUGGCCCUGCCAGCCGGCGUGCACACGCGCGACGCUCACCCCCACCGAAUGCCGCCGCAAGCGCAGCUUUGGGCGUAG